CUCUACUCCGAGAAAAGAACACGUAGCAGCGAAUGACGUCACGGCUCACAAAAGGCUGGACUGCCUCGGGUAGCCAUGAUAAGAGCGGCGGCUCGUGUUAUUAACACCCUCAAACGCCACAUUUCCUGAGGGAGAACAAAGUUUCCCCCUGGGGCGGCGGCAGCGCUUCUAACCUCGGUUGUGGCAACUCCAGCAGCAACAACAGAAACUGUAAGGGAUGGCGGCCGCCGCAGCAGGGCCUGCAACAACCCAGAGGUUUUUCCGGAGCUUCUCAGAUGCUUUGAUCGAAGAGGACCCGCAGGCGGCGUUAGAGGAGCUGACUAAGGCUUUGGAACAGAAACCAGAUGAUGUACAAUAUUACUGUCAAAGAGCUUAUUGUCACAUUCUUCUUGGGAAUUACUGUGAUGCUGUUGCUGAUGCAAAGAAAUCUCUUGAACUUAAUCCAAAUAAUUCCAUUGCUAUGCUGAGAAAAGGGAUAUGUGAAUACCAUGAAAAAAACUAUGUUGCUGCUUUAGAAACUUUUACAGAAGGACAGAAGUUAAAUAGUGCAGAUGCUGAUUUCGUUGUCUGGAUUAAGAGAUGUCAAGAAGCGCAGAAUGGAUCACAAGAGGAGGUGGCUGCAUCCCAGCGGACUCAUCAGUCAAAAAUCAAGUAUGACUGGUAUCAAACAGACUCUCAAGUUAUCAUUACACUUAUGAUCAAGAAUGUUCAGAAGAAUGAUGUAAAUGUGGAAUUUUCAGAAAAAGAGUUGUCUGCUUUGGUGAAACUUCCUUCUGGAGAGGAUUACAAUUUAAAACUGAGACUUCUUCAUCCUAUAAUACCUGAACAGAGUACAUUUAAAGUACUGUCAACAAAGAUUGAAAUUAAAAUGAAAAAGCCAGAGGCUGUGAGAUGGGAAAAGCUAGAGGGGCAAGGAGAUGUACCUAAGCCAAAACAAUUCAUAGCAGAUGUAAAGAACCUAUAUCCAUCGUCAUCUCAUUAUACAAGAAAUUGGGAUAAAUUGGUUGGUGAGAUCAAAGAAGAAGAAAAAAAUGAGAAGUUGGAAGGAGAUGCAGCUUUGAACAAAUUAUUUCAACAGAUCUAUUCUGAUGGUUCUGAUGAAGUGAAACGUGCCAUGAACAAAUCAUUUAUGGAGUCUGGUGGUACCGUUUUGAGUACCAACUGGUCUGAUGUAGGUAAAAGGAAAGUUGAAAUCAAUCCACCUGAUGAUAUGGAAUGGAAAAAGUACUAAAUAAAUUAAUUUGCUAUGGCUGUAUUACAUAUAUUCACCUAAUGCUCAUUGUGUAUUAACGCAUUCUCGAAUUUUGAACACUGAUUGUCAUUUUGAAAGGUUAUACCUCUUUACCUCUUUGUGCUUUAGAAAUUAUUUUCGUUCAAGUGUUCCAAGAGUCUAAUGAAGAAUGAAGAUCAUAUUUUAUCACUUCUGUCCUUAAGCAUUUCAGACAUGCUGAAAUGGAAUGAAAUAUCAUUUGCUACUAGAUAGAUUUGUUCUACCUAGUUAGGGAAGUGGAAAAUUCAUUAAUGGGAUAUUGGGUUUUUGCCUUAUUUUUGAUGCAGUAUUCUAGUAAUAAUUUAUUAGACUUGGCAAUUUUGGGUGAGCAUAGAUUUUUCAACCUCAGUGUUACAUUGUUUGCUUUUGAAAACUGCUUUUGACUGGAGUUGUAAAUAUAAUUUUUUCUAUGAAGAAGUUUGUUUUACUUACCUUUUCUUAAGUUUUUAAUGAGAACUUUGAGGAGACGUAUCUCAGAGAAUUCCCGUUUGGUUCUUUUUAUGGGAAAUAUUUGUAGUUGCGGUGAUAUUUUUGGUUCUUUCCUUCCAAAUCCUUAUAUAAGACAUACACACCUGAGUUCUGCUGCAUUUCUAACUAUGAAAGAUAAUCUGUGAGACUGGAGCAGAGAGUGAUUUAGAAAAGCCCAACUCUGUCUUGUUGCUUUUGCCACAGCAUGGGUCCUACAAUUACAGCACUGGUGGUUUGUUUUUGUUUUCUUUAGAUUUUUUUCUUUGUUAGGAAAACUCUCUUCUUACAUCCCCAUGAUUAUAUCAGUUUCAGUGAUUUUAGGGGAACUGCUGAGUGAGUAAAUUAAUAUGAAUUAAGUGGCAUCUCUCUUUUUAGAGUAGGUAGAUACCAUGGGAAUACAAAACUAAAAGACUUGAGCAUUAACUGCAAGAGUUUAUAAUCUAGCAGAGAAAAAAAUGAAUAUUCAUGAAGGAAUUAUCCAAUGCUUGAAUGCUGAACUCAUUUAGAAAUAGUUUUGAGACAUUUAAGUGUUCUAUGAUUAAAAUUCUUUGGAGUCUCAACUGUUAAAGCAUAGGCUAUAGGCUAUAGAUGACCUGCAGUUCUGACUUUGUUUUCUGAUCAUGAUUUCUAAACCAUAAUGCCCUAGAGUUGAUGUGUUAUAUAUCACUAAUAUUUUUACAGGACACUAUUCUGUAUCUUUGUAAUUGAGGAUACAGAGUCAAAUCGGUCAUCUUUUCAGCCUCUGAAACAGUGGGAGUUUGACAUGAUCAAAUUGACAAUGAAAUCAAGGGGAGGGGAGUUUAUGAGGAAAAUGAUGGUGGGGUGAUAACCAGAGUAUGUCCAAACUUGUUAUAACUUGUUCAAGCAUGGGGUGGGCAAUGGGGAUUUUCUUGUCCUCUUGUGCCAGUAAGAACACUGAAGGAAAAGCAAAAUAAAAUCGCUUCUCAGGAUUUCUAAAAUUUUCUCCUUACAGAAGAAGAAAGUGAUUCCUGUACUCUGUAAAGUUUUUUCAGUACCACUAGUCCUACAGGGUAAGAGGCUUUUGUUAUGGAAGUGAUAAGUCAGGGACAUUUGGCACCACCCCAGAAACGAGAAUCCUAGCUCUAGCAAAUCUCUGCCACUCACUAGUUUCAUAAUUUUCAACAUGUUGAACCUUUAUGUGUCUCAGUUUUUAAUUAAAAAUCCAUGAUGCUAAAUAAGAAAACAUUUUUCCCCUUAAAAACUUUUUUCUUCCCUAAGAAUGACAAUAUUAUAAUAGAAGUUGUCUUUAAAAUUCUGUUGCUAGUUUUGCUUGUAUUUUAAAGGAUACAUUAACUUAUGCUUAUCUGUUGGCUAGAUUUGCUUUACUUGUGGGAUUCAAGAUUUUGCUGAGCCAAAUGUAGUUUCUAGUAUACAUGAUUAUGUUAUAAAAUGUACCUGGAGUACAAAGGACAGUAGAUUUAUGGGAAGUUUUGAGAAGGGAAUUUUGAGAAGUAGGUUAGACUUCGGCUCUAAAGUACUAUUUUAGAGGAAUGCCUCUUUCAACAUUUUAGAUAGUGAAUAUGUAUAAGCCUCUAGAAAGUUAAAAAUCUUUAUUUUGAUUAAGAGUCUCUUUACCGGGCCUCCCCUGGUGGUGCAGUGGUUGAGCGCUGGGCUGUGAGGCUGCCUGCAGCCUCUGCAGUGCCAGUUGGUUCCCUGGCCACCGGCAAGGGUCCCACACACACACACACACACAAAAAAAAAGAACCUCUUUACCUUUAUUGUCUACUAUCUUAGCUUAGCUGCUUGGUUUCUCUGGGCUCUCAAUUUUCAUUUAUCAAAUUUUGGUUCUCAUAGUGCUGUAGUUAGCCUUUUGUUUAUUCAGGAUGUACUUUUUCCUCUUACCAUUUAUUUUCCUUUUUAAGAUUUAGUCCUGGAAUGCUUUUUCUUACUCUUACGAUUCUUCAUCUCUUCUGCUGAUUUCUAUAAUCAUUUCUUCCUUGAUGACUUCCAGAAUUUUCCCACUGUCUUCAAAAACUCUUGAAUGGGAUAAUCUGUUUCUUUGAACUUUUACAUAGUAAUCACAUUGGUGAUUUGAAAAACAGGAUGAAUUUUAAUAAUUUUCUGUCUUAUGUCCUAAUACCUGCUAAUAAAUUUAGUUUGCUAGCUAAUAAAUUUAGUCUUGAACAUUGGCAGUUAAUAGCCACUUGAAAAACAAACAAAAAAAACCAGUUUUCUUUAUUUUUACAUGGAAUGGAGAGAAAGCAUGCAUUGCAUUGAUAACUACAAUUUUUUAAAAACAUUUUCUUUCUUUAGAUGAGUGAUAUUCAUCAUAGAACAUUGAAGUCACUAUUGUCUCCUUGAAUCUGGAACAACUUCAUUUUGGUAGCUUAACUGUAUAGGACAAGGAAGAAAAAUAAUUGGUGUGUCUAUGUAGAUUUCCUAGUUAAAUUUCAGAAAACUAUUUAAAAUUGUAUUAAUGGCACUAUGCCAUUAUAAUUAGUUUAUAUAGAAAUUUUAAUUUGGUUGAAUAUUUAAUUUUUUUGGCUAUCCUUUCCCAUUUUACCUUCCUUUUCUGCUUCCCUAAUUAUUUGCACGUCAGAUUAGUAGUUGAUCUCUAUAUCAGUGACCCAGAGUACAAUUGCUUAUGUGCCAUCUGAUCUACCUGAUGUACUUAAAUUCUGUUGGGCUCUUCCUUGGCCUGAUUUGUGUACUACACAUCUCUGAUUUGUAGCUGUUAUUGACAUUGCUCAAAAUAGGUGGAAAAUUUCUGGAUUGGGAGGGAGGGAGAGAGUGAAAAGAAGGAAAGGUAGUUACUACAUCUACUUUUCUUUGUAAUUGACUGGAAACACUCAUACCUGCUGUUGGAGCCACAUAAGAAUAUGGAUUUCAGUUAUCUAGGCCUUGGAGGAACCAAGGAGAGGAGGUAAUAAAACUAAGAGGACAAAAUGAUGGUUUUUGUGCUGGGAAGAGUUACUGAGUAUCCUUUUAAAUAAGAGGGAGAGUCAACAUUGAUUUAGUUUCUUUUGUCUACAGCUAUGCAUUUUCUGUUAUAAGAUCAUUUUAUACAUACCAGGAGGUUUCAUUUUGGAAAUGUCUGGGAAUUUGUGGGCAAAUUAGAAAUACUGAUUUAUUCACAGAUGUUGCUAUUUGGGAUCAUAACUGUGAUUUGAUUGUGAAGUUAAUUUAGCUUUUAGGAUGUUACCCUCCCUCAGUAAACUUGCCCCUUUCCCAAAUCAGAUAAUAUCAUCAGUUAACAGUACUAACCCAUUAGGAUAUUAACAGUGUUUGCUAUUCUUUAUUAGUACUUCUUAUGAGCCAGAUUCACUAAGUGCUUUAUGUACAUUAUCUCAUUUAUAAAAGCCUUGUGAAAUAGUGACAGCAUCCUAUUAUUACAGAUCAGAAAAGUGAGUCCAAAGUUAGGGCCUUGCCCAAAUUUUACGACACUGGUAAGUGAUAGAGCUGGGAUUUGAACCCAGAUUUUUUAGACCCCAGUGCCCAUGUUUUUUGUGUUUUUUUUUUUAAUAUUUUAUUUUAUAUAAUUCUUAUAUCAUUUUUUGUUUUUGCACAAUGUAUGCAUUUUCAUUUUGGUUAUAUUCCCCAUACAAUUAUACACCCCCGCCUUAUUUUGACCCUAGUCCUUCCUCUCCCCUCCUCUCCCCCCAUAGUGUGUCUCUGGUUUAUAGUUGCUUGUUGCUUUUGAUUUUCACUUUGUAUUAAUUAGUCUUUUUCCUGGUCCCUUAUUUAGGUUUUCUAAAUUCGUGCUGUGAGUGAGACCAUCCGGUAUUUUUCUUUUUCUUUCUGGCUUAUUUCGCUGAGCCAUAAUCCCUUCUAGCUCCAUCCAUGUUGCUGCAAACUGCAUGUGUUUAUCUUUUUUGAUUGCUGAGUAAUAUUCCAUUGUGUAUAUGUACCACAUCUUCUUGAUCCAGUCAUCUAUUUUUGGGCAUUUGGGUUGUUUCCAUAGCUUAGCUAUUGUAAAUAGUGCUGCUAUAAACAUAGGGAUGCAGGUCCCCUUUGGAAUUAAUGAAUGUUUCUGUGUCUUUUGGGUAAAUACCUAGGAGUGGAAUUGCUGGAUCAUAUGGAAGCUCUAUGUUUAGAGGUCAAGAAAUCUCCACACAGCUCUCCAUAAUGGUUGGACCAGUUUUUGCACUCACACCAGCAAUGCAGGAGAGUUCCUUUUUCUCCACAACUUCGCCAGCAUUUGUUGUUGCUAGUUUUUUUAACAUGUGCCAUUCUCGCUGAUGUAAGAUGGUAUCUCAUUGUAGUUUUGAUUUGCAUUUUUCACUGAUUACAAGUGAUGUUGAACAUUUUUUCAUAUGCCUGUUGGCCAUUUGCAUUUCCUCUUUAGAGAAGUUUCUUUUUAGCUCUUCUGCGCAUUUUUUGACUGGAUUAUUUUCUUUGUUUUUGUUGAGUCUCAUCAGCUUUUUGUGGAUUUUUGUGAUCAGUCCUUUAUCAUUAGUGUUGUGCGCAUAAAUUUUCUCCCAGUCGGUGGGGUUUCUCUUUGUUUUGGUUAUUGUCUCUUUUGCUGUGCAGAAGCUCUUUAAUUUGAUGUAGUCCCAGCUGUAUAUCUUUCCAGUGCCCAUGCUUUUAAGAACAGUGUCUCCCUUUUUAGGUGAAUGAGAUGGGUGUGCAAUGAAUAUUUUUAUUAAUAAAUCAACUAACAAUGAAGCAGAAAUGUGUCAGUUGAAUUGUUUAAUUCUUCUUUAAUUCUUCUUGUAUAUCAUCUGGGAAGAUAUACUCCUAAAAUUCAAACUGCUGUCAGUUUCUUAAAUAGGAAAGCUUAUUAGGAAUCCAAAUCUCUUGCCUCUUGUAAAAGGUAAUAAACAUAGAUAGUUUUGAUUCAUAUGAAGAUGCUGUUUUUCUCAUAUGCAGAUAAUUGUGGAGAAACCAAAUACCCUUACAACUCUUACAGGUGUAAGAGGAAUGGCACAUCGUGCUAAUCAAAUUUUUGCUCUUCUAGGGAGAAAACUUGGCAGCACUCACACUGGUUUCAUUGGACAAACGCUGAGAUUGUUUCAAGGGUUUUUUCCUAGAUACAUAUACCUGUUCAAGGGUAAUUUUUAGCUUAUUGAGGAGUUAGGAAAAGAAUCUUUAGCGUCUAUCUGUGGAUUUUUAAAAAACUUCUGCAAUGCAACCACAGUAACUAAAUAAUAGUAAACUAUUGCACAUACUGUAUGCUUGAUUCCCUGUUGAAUGCAUUAAAAUUCAGUAUUGUAUAGUGUUUAAAUAUAUGAACUCUGAGACGGAGCCUGCUUGGGAUAAAAUCGUGGUUUCUACUGUCAACUGCAGCAGCUAUUUAAUGUCUCUUUUCCUCAGUUUUCUUAGCUAGAAAACUGAAAUAAUAGUAACGUCCCCCUCGUGGACUGUUAAGAGAUGAAUGAGCUAAUAUAAUUCCAUAAUUCUUUAAUUCAAAAAUUUCUAAAAGUAAUUGUGUUAUCUAUAUGUGUGCUCAGUGGUACAAAAUCUGACCUGAACUCACAAUAUUACCACUGAUAUUUUGCAGCAGAAAUAUUCUUUAAUUACAGUAUGCUGGCAUAGAUACUGCUGAGGUCAUUACGUAAUAAAUGGUAUAUCCAUAUUGUGUUCUGUAAUCUAAAUUCUGAAUUCAGAAACUGCAUCUGACCUUAAGGGUUCUAGAUUUAAAAAAAACUACCUGUAUAUGUAAAAUUCAAAAAACAACAUUUAAUGUUACAGAUGACAUGAGAUUAUCUUAUAUGCAUUUAGGAUGGGAGAAUUAAAUCCUAUGGAAAACCUUUUUAUUAUAAAUUCAAUCCUUUAUGAAUCAUGAACCUGAUAAAAGUAUUUAAAAUUUUAAGUUUAUAGAAAAGGUUUUUAAUUUGAGUACUUAAGCAGAGCUUAAAUAUAUUGUCCUUUAACAAGAAGCAUAAAAUGCAUGAUGGUGGCAGAAGAAAGUAUAUUGUAGAAUGUUAAGGAGCUUCCUUAUAGAAGUUCUUUGGUUUUAUUCCAUUUUGAUUUAAAAUCUCAAAGCAUGCUAAAACAGGGUUUAUAGAAUAGUCUAUAAAAAUAAGGUGCAAAAUUGUAUCACUUGUAAAUCAUGAAUUCUGUUAUUUCCUUCAGUGUGGAAAAACAAGAGUUAAUUUGUCCAUCCUUUUUUCCUCCCAAAUAAUCAGUGGGGAGUUAUGAUAAGUAUGUGCAGUUCCUUUGUUUAUAGACACUACUUGGACUCAGAUUUGGGGUUCUCUUCCCCCAGUUACCACUUUUUGCUGAUCAUUUGUCCUCCAUUGUUGACAAUUUUCUGUCAUCUAAUUGACUACAAUGACUAUUUUCAUGCAUUAGUUCAGGCGAGGGAUAUAUAUUUAGUGACCAUGAAAUAUGUCAAGAAAUUAAAUGAUUUCCAUGACUUUACUAUUAUUUUGCUAAUAAUGAGUUGCAAAAUCGUCACUUUAUUUCUACUCUACCACAGAAGCAACUGUAGGAGAGAAAAGCAUAUUAACAUGUGAAUCUGGAAUCUUAAAAUCCUAUUCUGAUAUAUUAAUGGUGUGUAUUGAGACAAACCCAUCUGAACUUAAAUAAUAAAUUCCACUGGAGCAGUAGAAUACCCAAAAGGAGGUUAACAAGUCUGACUUGAAUCUGCUAUUGAAGGACUUUUAUAAUUCAGCCUCAGUUAAUUUUUUUUCCUCAUCUGUCACUCUUUCACUGUGUACCUAAAUGAAGCCACACAAGAAUACUCUUGGGUGGAUAAACUUCCUGUAAAGGGCCAUAUAGUGAAUGAAUAUUUUAGGCUUUGUGGGUCACAUACAAUCCUUAUCACAUUUUCUUGUUUUUAGUUUAUAGACUCCCUGCUCUGUCUGAAUGUACCAUGUGUUUUUUUUUUUUUUUAAUAGAGGCAUGCUUUAUUUAUUUGUUUGCUUGUUUGUUUGUUUGUUUUGUUUAUACAUGCACUGGGUACAGUCAGAAGCGCGGGAGGG